AUGCGUCGUUCGCAGACUACUGGUACCCCAGUGCGGGAGAGACGGUCAAAUGUAAUGUUUUUCCCCGAAACGGAAAUGUCUGCGACUGUUCCGAGUCCUUCGCGUUCACGUUCGCCAACCGUAAGCACCGGAUCUCAGCGGGUUUCUUCUGCGAAACGACUCUCUGUUGUAGAGGCAUCACGGCACCGUCUCUCCAUACGCAAGUCCGCAGCGUUCCCUAUGCAGCAGACUGCCCCAAAGCCAUUUCUUGCAUCCUGCGCAGAUAUCACACGACACGGAAGAGACUGGAAUGCAGAGUUUCAGUUGGCCUGGGAAAUGGAGGACAAUACGGUUUCUCAAGCCGAGAGUCGUCUGGAGGCCCUUCGCCGUGUGGAGAGAGAGUUUGUGGCGGACGCCGUGCGCACGGUGAAGCAAAUCGUGACGCUUGACGAUGACGGCCCGCGGGAGAUGCCGAAGUUCCUGCAGUGCUACCGUGUGGACAACAUCUUCUUCCGCGUGCUGCCGGACAGCCGCUCUGGCCGCAACUACGUGGCGUCCCUCCGCGGUGUCCUGCAGAGCCGCACCCGCCUGCUCACGGUGCCCCUCUCAUGUAUGCUUUUCUACCGGGGGAUGCCGGUGCUGGCGCAGGCCCUCGUUCCAAUGCCGCGGCUACCCACGCAGCUCUACGGCGCAGAUUGUGCAAAUAAUCACGAGGUGGAGGCAGAAAUUCUGCACAUGGCAGAUGCACUCAAUAUACCUUUUCCUGAUGGUACACUUGAAGUGUAUGAAGGACUUGAUGGCCGUUUUUAUUUAACAAAUUCAAAUUCGACGUUGACUCCACUUUUUGUUGAUGAUACUAUUAUGAAACGGCAAGAAAUGCUGCGAAUUUGCAGUCAUGUGUCGGAUGGACACAAUGAUACCCUUUCAGUGCUUGACAACAUUGAGGUUCUAGAUGCCAUUGUACGGGCUUGUAUGGACAGCGAGUCCCGUUCAGUUGUUGAUAGCCUCAGAAAUGUUUCUGAAAUAUUGCACUCAUUUGGGGUAAACUUAUGUUUGUUGAAACAAGUAAUGCGGAAAAUAGCUGAAUCCAAGAAGUAUGAUAUGGUGAUACUCAGACAAGUAAAUGAGUUUAUUUGUGUGGAAAUGUUGGCAAGAUCGGUAAAGCAAGAAUUUUACUUGGAGGUUCAGGGUAAACGUGUCGCGUAUGAUGAUGAAGUCUUGGGCGCUACCCUCUCCAAGCGUAUGGGUGAUGUAUUUGCUAAUGUUGAUGUAUUUCAAAGCCGUUUCUUAGAAGUAGUUGCAAAGAAAUAUGGUGUUGUAGAUGAAGAUGAUGAUAUUAUACAACUUCUUACAACUGUUCGCUCAACUCGGAAGGCAGAUAUUGUGGCUCGUGUCUGUGCAUUACUUGGAGUAACCAUUGAGAAAACUGGUGGAAAUCGUUCCGAUAUGACAUGGCAUGCUAAUGUAAAUGCACGCGUUAUCCCUCAACUUGCUGACCCGCGAGAGAUGCGUAUUCUGGCCGAAAAAUAUCGUACUAUUUUUACACAAGAGAGUCAUCGAUAUGCUUUCUGCUUCCCUGUUCGUUGGAAGGUUGCGUGUUGGGAAGGACGUUACGAUGAGGCAUUAGAUCUUGUUCAUGAAACUGCUACAGCACAAUAUAAACGAUAUGGUGAACAGGCCAUUGUGACUCUAUAUGCACGACGAAGUGAAUGUGAGGUAUGCUUUGCUACUAUGCAAAAGAAAUGCAUUGCUGAAGGAAGAAGUUUAUUUCCAGGAGUUAUGAAGGGGUUUGAAGAAUUAACUUGUUUAGUAACGCAAGGAAGACGUCAUAUAGAGUACGGAUUUUGGAUCUUACGUGUGGCAUUGGUUUAUCAGCAAGAUGAUUUGGUUGUAUAUCGUAGCUGUGUAGAAGAAGCUGUAGAACAUUUCUACAAAGCUAUUGAAAAACUUCCAGCAUACCUCAAAAGUGAGCAUGGUUCAUGGUUACACCUUCAACCAUAUAAGGGACUUUUACAAUGUAAACAAUUGCUUCCAUCGUGCUCUGUUAACACAAAAGAACUUGUGGAACAUUCUAUUGAAUUAAGUACCAUUGGUUGGGCAUCCGAUUUUUUUAUGUUAUAUCUUUGGGACUUAAGUUUACAACUAGAGACGGAAGGUCGUUACGAAGAAGCUAUUCGAGUUCUUCUUACGGCUAUUACAGUAAGUAAGAAAAAACCUACAGUUUCUCUUGAUUUACCUACUCUCUUAUUGGAUGCUGCACAUAUUUACCGAUCUUGGGAUCAAGAGAAGUACUGUGAGCAUUGUCUUACCUUAUUACGUGAAGCUGCAGAAAAGGCAGUACAACUCUUUGGUGUACGUAGUAGGGAGUAUGCUGUAAUUUUAAACAAUAAAGGUGCAAUGGAAAUUGAACUUAACCGUUUAGCAGAGGCUGGUGAGUCAUUGGAAAAGGCAGGUAUUGCUUUUGAAGAGGCAGGUGUUCCACAGGAUGACCCAGAUUAUAAGACGUAUCUUGAUAAUCUUAUUUAUUUGGAGCAACGUCUUUCAGCUCGACCGACGGUGCGAAGAGGAUUUCUGCAACGUUACCCAUUUUUGGCAACCACUGCGGAUGAAUUUCCUUUCAGUGCUGUUCGUCCACUUGAAGAUGAUGUCUUUGUUGGAUUAGCACACCAACGGGUACGAAUGGAUGGUGGUACAACGGAGGCCAAACAAAUAGAACAAAUGAUGAAAGAACGGGUAUGGGAGUUGUUUAGAUAUAUUCAAGAUGGUGAUAUUUUAAAACGACAUCCCUACUUGCCAGCCGUUAUUCAAGGUGUACCAACUGCAAGUUUAAAUCUUGACGAUGAUAUGAUAUUUACAGAAUUCAUAUCUAAAAUGCAUCGCAGCAGAAAUCAUGACGAAAGGAGGUUGUUGGAGUGUAGCAUUCGUGACUAUGUUGUUAAAAAAGCAGAAGAUGCUGCUCUUCAACGUGCCUAUAUGAUGCGCUUAGAACAAGAGUUCAACGAUAAACACGGAGAGUACGUGAAUUUAAUGUAUCCUAUCCCUUGGUUAUACGUCUUGGAAGAUGAACAAUUCAAUCUUUUAACAGAUGAGCUGCAAAAAAACAUUAUCUCACAGUCUCCAACAGCACAGAUUCAAUCUAUUCAAGAGAAGAUAGGUCGCCGUGUGAGAGAAAUUGAAGAGGAGAUGUUUGAGUGGAGGCAGGUACUUGUGCAGUGGUUAUCACCUUCAAAGCUUUACACUGUUUCCUCUAAGGAUUUUAUUGGUGAUGUUCCUUUACUUGAUUUGCUUCGGGUACGCCGAUUAGCUGAUUCACCUGAUGAUACCUCAGUCGAAAAAAUAGACACCCUUAUACGUGAUAAACUCACAGCAAUGUGGGAACGUGCCCACAUUACUCGAGCGUGUCUUGCAGUAGAUGAUGAGGAAUUGCACCGAGAGUUCCCUUUUCUUACAGAGAUGCCACACCAUCAACGACUGUCAACGCUUCUACUACAUGAGGAUCAAAUGGUGACAAAUAUCGCAGCACAACUGCGUAAAGGAAGCACUGAUAAUCGUCUCCAGUCAGAGAUGACUGCUGCAGUAAAGACUAUUGCUGCAUACCGACGUGACUCUAAUGAACUAAAAAAAUGGUACUACGACAUUGAGAGUAUCAAUACUGCAAACAUUUCACUUGAAACUGUUCCAAUGGUGCGAGACGAUUUUUACUUAGAACUUUGGCAAACCAGAAAUAUAGCGAAGGAAGGACAUGAAGAAAAUUCUCCAUUAAUAUUGGCAGUAACCCAUAGGAUGGGACAACGAAUUAUGCAGAUGAACUCGUGGAUGCGCAAGGUAUGUGCUAAUGGUUACCGACGGCGAUUGCGACUUGAAAGUAAGUAUCCAUUUUUAACUCGGCGUCAUCGGGGGUACACCUUGGAAGCACUAGAUAUCGAAGAAGACGAGGAGUUUAUGUCAAUUGUACGACAACGACAAGAACUUGUUGCUUCUUCUGAUGCAGUACUUGGUGAUAUUGAACGUCUUGGCCGCCGCGCCAACAAGAGGGUAGAAAAAAUUGCCUCUCGUCGUGUAAAAGAAACAGAGCAAAUGAGUAGGCGAUAUCCUUUCAUCCCAAACAAACUGGAGGGUGUAGAGACAGCAACUAUCCGAUUGGAGGACAAUGAAACAUUUAUGGAAAAAGCAGCAUACUAUGCACGCCUACGUGAAUCUGGUAGCAGCGACACUGAAGUGCGAUGUCGACGACUAGCAAGGGAGAUGGAAAACCUUGCAAUCGCUACAGCCCGAGAAGUCCGCAUUCGUGAAUGGCGAGAGUGUAUAGAAAGCGAGGACUUGCACGAGCGUUACCCGUUCCUUCCUGAGGAGCCAGCUCGUGGAGUACUGCUUGGCGAUGUGCAUCCAGUGCAACAACCAGAAUUCCGCGAACUGUCGAACAAGCUGGAUGAGCUGCGCCAGGAUCCAACUGGUAAUGCAGCUGAGAUCAGCUCGACAGAGGAGGCCAUGAGGGCACUGGUAGUUCGAUUUGCCGAGGAGCGAGCGGACGCAACUGAGGCCGCACACGUAGAGUACCCCUUCUUGCCAAGGCGCGUGCUGGGAGUUCGUCUCGGUGAUCUUCCUUUGAAUGAGGAUGAAUUGUUUGCUGCCGCCGCCAAAGAAGGUAUAGAAGGAAAGGAAUCUCUUCUUCAGUCGAGAGUAGUUCAAAUGGCUAUGUGUCAUAAUCUAAAUGAAGCGCAAUUGGCUGACAACGAUGAUGCUGUGCUCGCCCAACAUCCUUACCUUGUAUACACUUCUCGUAAGUGUUUCCCUUUAAGACAUCUUCCCUUGGAAGAUGAUGUUGUCUUCAAUGAAAGACUAGAAGAAUACGAAGAUCUCAUGCAGCGAUCCUUUCUUGAUGAAGAUGCCACGGCGUCAGUGAGGUUCCUACUGGCUAGUCGUGCUGACGAACUUGCAUUACAAGAGAUAGAAAGGAUUGAGCUGCUUAAGAGAACUUUCGUUGCUCUCGAACCGCUCUCUUUAGAAGAUCUUCGCCACUUACAGGAUCGACGGGAAUUUCAAACCUUCAGUGAUGAUAGUGCAACUAAUAUUUCUCAAGUUGUACUGGAGGAUGCAAAGCGAAGCAUUAUGGAAGAACGAGAAGAUCGUGCCGCAAAGUUACGUGAAGUGGAUGCGCUUCGUAAGGCAUAUCCAGUACUCGGCCGCAAUGUUGAUCCUAGUAUGCUUGACAACCCAGUCAUAGCAAAGCUUGUAGACGAUCAUGAAGAACUUAUGAAUGAUUCAGAUGGAAAUGCGGGAAAGUUGCAGAAACUAGAAGAAGCAAUCGCACAACAUGCUAGUGAGCACAACCUUAUUCUUAGAGGAGAACAAGGGGCUGUCGAAAGACCACACAGCCCAAGUACAAGGUACGCUGUUGAUAUCUCCUUUAGCAAAAUAGAGGAAGACCUUAUAGAUGAUGAAUAUUACCAGGAACUUAUAAAACUACAGAAUAGUGUCAAAGAAAGAAAUGAUCCUGCAGACGCACCGUUACUCCGCCGAAUUAAGGCACAAAUCGAUGGAAGACGGAAUCAGAUAAAAAACGAUGGAAUGAAGAAAGUUGCAAACAAUAAAAAAAUUGCAGCAAGAAUAUCAAAACGAUUCCCCUUUCUAAAACCACAACACUGUGGAAUUCCGCUACAUAGACUGCAUCUUAAUGAUGAUGAUGAGAUACGAAAAUACGAACAAGAACGAAACACUAUUUUAUCAGAAAAUAAGCACCAUACAUCAGACAUUGAUAACAUUAUAUAUGACCGUGUGGAGGACAUUGCACGUGGGCUGCAGGAGGAGGAAAGUUCACUUGAGGCGAUGCUCCCUUUUCUUGGUAGUACUGUAAAAGGUGUUCCUCUUCGUGAACUCUCCCUCAUGGAGGAUUCGGCGUUCGCAAAACUUGCAGCACAAUACACAUCGGAGGAGGUAUCUUCGGGCGAUGCGGCCGAGCGCGCACGCCUUGAGCAGGAGAUGCGGGACCAAGCUGGUCGCAUAGCGCGGGAUGUGCGGAUGGCUCGAAGGCGCGACGGCGUGAGGGGUGAGGACUUGCACGAGCGUUACCCGUUCCUUCCUGAGGAGCCAGCUCGUGGAGUACUGCUUGGCGAUGUGCAUCCAGUGCAACAACCAGAAUUCCGNGCAGGCCCUGCGUGA